AUGGACCUCCCGAAACUCCCUAUGCUGGAAGAGUUUUCGACCUUGACAUUCGCUUUCCUCCCUAGUAUCCAUUUCAACCCCCAAAGGUCGACUUUCAUAACGUGCUCCUCCCUAUUUAGACUAUUCAUCCGUAUCACUUACAUUGUCACUUCUACUGUAUCGCAGGUAAAUUUCUGCAACAAGGUGUACCACCCAAACAUUUCCGCGAAAGGUGCAGUUUAUCUUAAUUUGUUGAAAGAUCAUUGCUCCUGCGUUUACCAUUUCGACGGUAUGAGGUUUCUAUCUAAUAUCUGUACAUCUAUUACACAUUCAAGGCCUCAAAUACGCCUGCUCAAAGUGUUAAACACCAUUUGCUCUCUUCUCGCGCGUCCCAGAGUUGGUGAAAGUGAUGUAUUCGAUGAGCAUGUUGCUCAAAUCUACUCGGUCGAUAAGGCGGAGUACGAGUCAAUCGCCCGAAGAUGGCCGCAGCAGUACGCUACUGGAAACUAA